GCACCGCUCUCGCGUGAACGACUGGCUCCGCCCACCCCCUGCGUGACGCCCUAGUCGCCAUGUUUCUUGUGGGCAGGCGCCUGAAGCCGGCUGCCGGAAAGUCAAGCUCCUGCAUUUCGAAGAGACCAGACUCCAGCUCCGCCAACGCCUUGCCGCGGGGUCAGCGAUCCCGCGCCCAUGAUCAAGCCCUCUGAGUGACCGACCAGCCUUGGGGUCCACCCGAGGCUCCAAACGUCGGGGAGCUCACCGUCCACAUAGCCAGAGUCCUGAAAAUCGCUCUGGGAAAAGGGAAGGAUGCCGCUCUUCUUCCGGAAGCGGAAACCCAGUGAGGAGGCUCGGAAACGCCUGGAGUACCAGAUGUGUCUGGCAAAAGAGGCGGGAGCAGAUGACAUUCUUGACAUCUCUAAGUGUGAGCUCACAGAGAUUCCGUUUGGGGCUUUUGCAACGUGCAGAGUUCUGCAGAAGAAGGUGUUGAUUGUGCAUACAAACCAGCUCACCUCCCUGCUGCCCAAAUCCUGCAGCCUGCUGAGCCUGGCAACCAUCAAGGUCCUGGAUCUGCACGACAACCAGCUGACAGCCCUUCCUGAUGACAUGGGGCAGCUGACAGCCCUGCAGGUGUUGAAUGUGGAAAGAAACCAACUGACACAUCUGCCCCGCUCCAUUGGGAACCUGGCCCAGCUCCAGACCCUCAAUGUGAAAGACAACAAGCUGAAGGAGCUGCCCGACACCCUGGGGGAGCUCCGAAGCCUACGCACCCUUGACAUCAGUGAAAACGGGGUUCAGAGGCUGCCGCAGACACUGGCUCACGUCCGGACACUGGAGACGCUGAACCUGGACGCCUCAGCCAUGGUCUUCCCGCCGCAGGAGGUGUGCGGCGCCGGCACCGCGGCCAUCCAGCAGUUCCUCUGCAAAGAGUCCGGGCUGGAAUAUUACCCCCCUUCUCAGUACCUCCUGCCAGUUCUGGAGCAAGAUGGAGUGGACAGCGCCCAGGACAGCCCGGAUGGGCCCACAGACAGGUUCUCGAAGGAGGAGGCCGAGUGGCAGAACAGGUUCUCCGACUACGAGAAGCGGAAGGAGCAGAAGAUGCUGGAGAAACUGGAGUUCGAGCGGCGCCUGGAGCUGGGGCAGCGGCAGCACGCUCAGCUGCUGCGACAGAGCCACGGUCAGAAGGACGAGGUUCUGCAGACGCUCCGGGAGGAGCGGUCCCGGCUGGAGCAGGGCCUGAGCGCGCACCAGCGCUACCUGGACGCCGAGAGGCAGCGGCUGCUGCAGCAGCUGAAGGAGGCCGAGCAGGGCGUCGCCAGCCGGAUCCAGAAGCUGCUGCAGGAGAACCGGAGGCAAAAACAAAGCUCUGAGAUUCUGAAGUCAUUGGAAAAUGAACGAAUAAGAAUGGAACAGCUGAUGGCCAUCACCCAGGAGGAAACGGAGAACCUGCGGCAACGGGAGAUCGCCUCCGCCAUGCAGCAGAUGCUGACCGAGAGCUGCAAGAGCCGGCUCAUCCAGAUGGCCUACGAGUCCCAGAGGCAGAGCCUGGUGCAGCAGGCCUGUUCCAGCAUGGCUGAGAUGGACGAGCGUUUCCAGCAGAUCCUGGCGUGGCAGCAGAUGGACCAAAACAAAGCCAUCAGCCAGAUCCUGCAGGAGAGCUCGAUGCAAAAGGCGGCCUUCGAGGCCCUGCAGGUGAAGAGAGACCGGAUGCACCGGCAGAUCAGGAACCAGAUUAGGUUAAUAGAAACUGAGUUAUUGCAGCUGACACAGCUGGAGUUAAAGAGGAAGUCCCUGGACACUGAGGCGCUGCAGGAGGUGGUCGCCGAGCAGCGCUGGGUGCUCAGCUCCCUGCUGCAGCAGCUGCUCAAAGAGAAGAAGCAGCGGGAGGAAGAACUCAGGGAACUCCUGAUGGAGUUAGAAACCAAAAGCGAGACCAAGCAGGAGAACUACUGGCUCAUUCAGUACCAGCGGCUCUUGAACCAGAAGCCAUUGUCCUUGCGGCUGCAGGAAGAGGGCAUGGAGCGCCAGCUGGUGGCCCUCCUGGUGGAGCUGUCGGCCGAGCACUACCUGCCUAUCCUCGCCCACCACCGCAUCUCUCUGGACAUGCUGAGCCAGAUGAGUCCCGAGGACCUGGCCAAGGUGGGCGUCUCGGAGGCCGGGCUACAGCAUGAGAUCCUCCAGAGAGCCCGGGAGCUGCGGGACGUGGCCAGGGCCCAGCCAGAGCUGAAACCCCCCAAGGAAGAGGCCCUCGGGGCCCCAGAGCCACCUGUAGCAGAGCCAGUGCGGCCGUCCGCACCCCCCGCGGAGCCGGAGGUGCAGGUCUCGGAGUGCGUUGUGUGCCUGGAGCGGGAGGCGCAGACCGUCUUCCUUCCCUGUGGCCACGUCUGCUGCUGCCAGCAGUGCUGCCAGCCCCUGCGCACCUGCCCACUGUGCCGCCAGGACAUCGCCCAGAGCCUCCGGAUCUACCACAGCAGCUGAGCGCAGUGCCCCGCGCUGCCUGGGGCCGGCUCUCCGGGCAUCUCCCUGCCAUCCACAUCCAGGCCAGGCGCCUGACCCUGGCACAGCCACUCUGAACACUGGGCAGGAAGACAGGCGGCUCUCGGCAGUGGGGGAGGGUCAGGGUGUGGCGUGUGCCCCGCUGUGCCCGGCCUGGGGUAGGGGGACAGCCCGGGGCGGGCGAGCUGUGCAGGCCUGGCCCCCAACCUCCCUGCUGCUCCUGCACGUGCCCGCCCACAUCUGUGCCCCUCGCCCACACAGCCGGACGCAAAGCAGGAACGUCAAUAAAUCCAUCGGCACGCUC